AUGUCAACUACUGUCACCACUUCAACAACAAUUGCCACUACCACUACCAUCAAACCAGAAACAGCUCGGAAACACGGAUUACAGCUAAAGGACAUUACUGAAUUCGUUAAUUCUGUUAGUGGUUUACUCACGGCGCUUGGAGCGAUAUUUACAUCUGUUUUAUGUUGGUGUAGUAUAAAAUGUUAUCGAAAUGGAGGGGAGUGUAAGCGUGCGUGGUGGUGUCCGAAAUCACUAAAAGAAUAUCGUCGUCGUCAGCAUACAGUUCGAGAAGAAAGUUUAGAUACUGGUAAUGACGCAGCAUUGAAUGGUAGUGAAGAAGGUAAAACAAAGAUAUUUCAACAACAUUCGAAGAGAAAUUGA